CAGGACACCCAGCAUGCUUCUCUCCUGCAGGAGGAGGCAGGAGCAGUUCCAGAGAAACCCCGACAGCUACAAUGGAGCCGUGCGCGAGAACUACACCUGGUCACAGGACUACACCGACCUGGAGCUCAAGGUGCCGGUGCCCAAGCACGUGGUGAAGGGCAGGCAGGUCUCGGUGGCCCUGAGCAGCAGCUCCAUCCGGGUGGCUGUGCUGGAGGAGGAUGGGGAGCACGUCCUCAUGGAAGGGAAGUUCACGCACAAGGUCAACACUGAGAGCUCCCUGUGGAGCUUGGAGCCCGGCAAGUGCGUCCUGGUGAGCCUGAGCAAGGUGGGCGAGUACUGGUGGAGCGCCGUCCUGGAGGGCGAGGAGCACAUCGACAUCGACAAGAUCAACAAGGAGCGCUCCAUGGCCACGGUGGACGAGGAGGAGCACGCCGUGCUGGACAGGCUCACCUUCGACUACCACCAGAAGCUGCAGGGCAAGCCGCAGAGCCACGAGCUGAAAGUCCAUGAGAUGCUGAAGAAGGGCUGGGAUGCUGAAGGCUCCCCCUUCCGAGGCCAGCGAUUCGACCCGGCCAUGUUCAACAUCUCCCCGGGGGCCGUGCAGUUCUAGUGCCCGGAGGAGAGGGAGCGCGCCCCGGGCUCCCUCCUGCCAGGGACUUGCUGGCGGGUUUGCCCUCGCCGUCGUUGCUCUCCAGGGUGGACCCGCGGCGCCCGGCGCUGCAUCUCUGGACUGUUGGGAGCAGCACGGGGCGAGCGGGACGCCGCCACCCACUCUCCUCUGGCUGCUGUGCGCACGCUCUGCUUGCUUUCCUCGUGCUGGGGGCUGGGCGUGGGUGCCGGGCCAGCUGCUGACCUGCGGGGGGUGGGGGGCGCCCUGGCCGUGACCUCUUCCUGCACCUGUGCGCGUGUGGUGUCGCUUGGCGUUUGUAUGCGUCCGCUGCCUGCUCAGCCCCGUCACAGAGCAGCAGAAGGUGGGUCCUGGUCGCUGCUUCUGAACCUGGGGACACAGCCCUGAGUGGCCACAGGCGCAGCAGGAACUGUCCUCCACAUCUUCUCAUGGGACCCAGUUCUCGUCAGAGAGCCAACCUGGUGUCCUCGGGAGAGCAGAGCGCGGCGCCCCUCCUCCUGUGUCCGCUGUGCCCCUGCUCCGCCAGCUGGGACCGUGGCAUGUUGGGCUGUCGGCCAGCGGGUCUCUCGAGGCCUCCCCUCGUGGCUCUGUCCUUCCGGCUGACAGGGACUCCUUUUUGGGUGAUGGUCCUUUUGGGAACAGCCCCCGUCACCCGAGUAGGUGGGAGCUGGCUCGUCAGUCCUGUGGGGGCAGGUGUGUGGCUCGCGGAGGCCAGAAAUGGGUGGGGAUUCCUGAAUGCCUCCUUCCCAGUAUCCCUGGGAAGCCUCGGGUGGCUCUGGUGCUGUCAGGGGAGGUGCAGACACCAGGUCGCUGGCGGGGAGCAUUGUCGGGGAUGCGGAGCCCUGUCCCCUGUAGUCGGCUCUGCGGCCGGUCAUGGAGCUGCUGAGACUCGUCCUCGGGGCCUCUGGGAUGUGCACGCCUGUCCCACGUCACCGGCACCUUGUGUGAGAACUGUUCUGGGUGGUCUCGGGCCCUGGGCCGCACCGUGAGGGUCUUCUGGCAUGACGAGGCGUGGCGUGCGCCUGCACCCCAGCUGCUUGGGAGACUGGGGAGCCAUGG